UUCGGGUUGAGUUACAAUUGAAAAAACAUUCGUUACAUUCGUUUUUUAUGCAAUUAUAAACAGUGCAAAUUUAUAUAUUAAAUAUUACUGAUAAUAUUUUGAGAGUGGCAGUGCCGCGACGAGAACUUGACUGCAUUGUUUACUCGUUACUACUCGUUACCACCACGAACUAGCAAAUAAUUAUUUUAAUAAAAAUUUUAUUUGUGUGCUGAACAAUACAACAUGUCCUCAACAACUGUAAAACGCGUUGAGACUCUAAAAGGCGUAUUUAGUGUACCAAAAGUGGAAUAUCGACGUGAUUUCAUGCGCGAAAACAAAUUGAAACUACGUGAUAUACAACGUCAAGCUUCUGAAAAGCAGGAACUUUUGGAGAAGAAGCAUCAGAAAGAACUGCAGUAUUUGGGAAGGAGACGUUCCAGUUCACUACAUCGCGCACCAUCUGCACAAAGUUCGACGGGGAAUCGUGAAGAUGUCAAAAUUCUUUAUAAUUCCGCCAGUAGAAAUAGUUUGACAAAACAAAGUUCUGUCUCAAACGCUGUAAGCAAAGAUAGUUUAACAAAACAAUCUAGUCUUGUAAAAAGUGGCAUCAAUUUAACAAAAAGUACUAAUUCCAACUUUGAGUUGAAAAAGAAAACAUCUUGCGAUAAGGAAAUUCAAACCGAAGAUAUACAGGAUGAAGAAUUUCUCUACAAUGCGUUAAAAAAAAUUACGUCUAGUAAUUCAUAUAAAGAUCAAAUGAACGAUGGGUGUUUAAAUGCUGGUAGUAAUGAGUUCUUAAUGCCUGAAACGCAAAUGUACAGUGGAUAUAAUGGAGAUUCUGCUUAUAAUGUUCAUGAUGAGCCUGAAUUACAAGAAGCUGAACGAAUGUCAUAUAACGAAAACGAAUACAGGCACAGGCAAUUGGAGAAUGAAGAAAGAAAAACGCCAAUGGCUUCUGCCCGGUCACACCGAUCAAUUGUUAAUGAAUAUUCACAAAACAUGGGUGCAAAUUAUGACCAAACACUACUGCAGACGACUAAUGCAAAUUACUGUGACAAUCAAGUAAAUGAACUACUUGGUCAUCGUGGUUCACAUACUUCAAUUGCAAAUAGUGUUAAAUUAAGAAAUCAGGAUAGCGAAGGAAAAUUUAACGCUAAAAUGUCAAAUUUAUCUGUACACGAUCAACCGAUAAACACGAAAAGUAGCCAGUCAUUAUCAGGAAGGAGCAAUAAAUCUGUAAGCUCUUUUACAAGCCAAGGUGGUUUAUUAUGUUCAAAAAAAUCUAGCAGUAAUCUGCAUCAUGGAAGUCGUGAUGAUAUACGUUUACCACGUUAUUUAGAGAAGGAAAAACGUGAAAAAGAAGAGCAGCGCCUGCAAGAAAUGAGUCGUGAUCCUGAUUGUCCUGAUGACCAUUACGUUUUAAGCGAGGAACACCGAGUUAGUGCACUGAUGGGCGCAGAGAAAAAGUAUCGAACUCUUAUUGAUGAAUUAAAUAGUUUACCUAUGACAACUGAAACACUACGCAUACGUAACCGUAAAUGUAAAAUUGAAAAAGAACUUCAGCGUGUGGAAUCAGAUAUACGCCUCUUCUCAAAAGCUAAGGUUUAUCUUAAAAAUCCAGAUUAAGAUAUUAGAAGUAAUCAUUUUUCAUUUAAUAAUUUUUGCAAGUAACCAAAGUACAAAACAAUGACUAAUUUUAAAUUAUAUUUUAUAAAGAUUUGCUUAAAAAGCUGAAUUUUACUUUUAGAAACUUAAAAAAAACAGUAAAUAUACUUUUAUUACAUAUUUAUUGUACUCAAAAGUCUUUUAUGAUAACAUUGUUUAAUAUUUAACUAUGUAUAUGAUAAACUAUAUGAGUUCGAUUUAUAUACAUAUAUUAAGAAUGUAAAGUUGUAUAAUACAAUAUAUGGUGAGUGACGUACACACAACUUACC